ACAUUCCCGCCAUCAUCGAGUAGCGCUGCGAAGCGUCGUGUGCGGGUCCACUGUCAACAACAUACGCACUGGGGAGCAGGUGAAUGCCGGCAAAACAAACUUUCUUACCCUCGGAGGACCUACGAGAACGCGUUUGCUAUUGUUAAUAAGUUUUCAACAAGAGCACACACCGUCGACAGGAUUUGUUUGAUCACAAGUCCUAACCCCUCCAAAGUGCACAUACUGGAUAUUAAGCCAUGGCAACCGCAGUGCCCAAACUCUCCAGCGGCGGCGCUGUCAAGAUGCGCUUUACCAGCAUGGACCUGGGCACCACCAGGUGGAAAGAAGGAACUUUUGAGAUUUUGGAAAAGGAGAACAAAGUCAACCUCUGCCUUAGAUUCAAUUGUGGUGGAGCGGCCAAAACGUUUCAGCUGAAUCAGAAUGUCAAGAACAUCAUCCACAAUUCAAACCGAAUCAUACUGACCUUGAAGGACACAAGUGUCAUCACUUUGGAUAAGGUGCCCACGACUGUGGCUCAGAGGACUAAAGAAUACCUGGAGAAGCUGAAGCAGGGAAAGACAAUUUUAAAAUCCUCCCAUGGAAGUGCAAACUUCGGUGUGCUUGGGAACCGCUCUGCGAAAAAUGAGACCAGUCCGACCGGUGACAGACAGGCAACACAGAGGCGGCAGGGUGCAGACAGCCGGGAGGACACAACACCACGAAAGCCUCUGGGCAGCCCGAGUAGAGCUGCCUCCACUCCCACUCGCACUGGACUCUCUGAGAACAGGAGCGAGAAGAGAAAGAGACUUCUGAACUCUGAAAGUGAUCUGACUGAGGACUACCCCAAGGAAAAUGACUCCUCAAGCAACAACAAGGCCACUUCAGAUCCAUCCCGGAAGUUUUUACUGAGCUGCAAAGAAAAACUGAAGCAGGCCGAGGAGAACAGGGGCUCAGCUCCACUGGGUUCAACACCACUUCAGCCAACAUCUUUCUAUGGCAGCCGAUCUGUGACUAAAGACUACAGCCAGAGCCAUUCUUUCCUGGACAGGCCAUCCAGUACAGCACAAACCACCAAGAGAAGCCUUAUGCUGCCAAAUCACUCCACUCCCUUCAAGAAGGUUCGGCCCUCCCUGGACUACGGUGGCUGGAACAAACAGAGGCCUUCCACUUUGGCCCAGCCUCAGCCGCCACUGCAAGGAUUUUCCAACCUUGGCAACACUUGCUACAUGAACGCUAUCCUGCAGUCGCUCUUCAGCCUCCCCUCGUUCUCCAAUGACAUGCUGAGGCAGAGCAUCCCAUGGAAGAAGGUGCCUGUUAAUGCAUUGCUAAGGCGGUUUGCUCACCUUAUGGUCAAGAAGGAUGUGGGCUGUCCAGAGAUAAAGAAGGACCUCUUGAGGAAAGUGAAGAGUGCCAUCUCCUCCACAGCUGAGCGUUUCUCUGGAAACAUGCAGAAUGAUGCUCACGAGUUCCUGAGCCAAUGUUUGGACCAGUUGAAGGAUGAUGUGGAGAAAAUGAACAAGAGUUGGACGAACGAAGCUGCAGCUUCAUUUUCUGUGGGGUGUGAGAACGGCCCAGAGACGACGCCAUCGACGACCAAGGCAGAGCCCGGGGAGGAAGCUGACAUCUCCCGCAUCUACACCUGCCCUGUGGCGGUCAACAUGGAGUUUGAAGUGCAGCACACGAUCACCUGCAAAUGCUGUGGUGAGGUGGUGACCAAACGAGAGCAGUUCAAUGAUUUGUCUAUCGACCUACCACGCAGAAAGAAAACCCUCCCGCUUCGUUCUAUCCAGGAUUCUCUGGAUCUCUUUUUCAGGAUGGAAGAAAUUGAGUACUCGUGUGAAAAGUGCAAUGGGAAAGCAGCGACAGUUACACACAAGUUCAGCAAACUGCCCAGAGUACUCAUCCUUCAUCUGAAACGGUACAGCUUUAACGCUCAGCUGUCUAUGAACAGCAAGCUGGGUCAACAGGUGGUGAUUCCCAGAUACUUGACCCUGCUCUCACACUGCUCGGAAUCCACACGACCUCCGAUUUGCCUCGGCUGGAGUCCUCAAACUUCCAUGUCCAGAACACUUAAAACUUCCCCAUUGGUCAACAACUCCACAGCCCCUCUCAGAAGAAUCGGAGGAAAAGUGGCCACCUCUAGCUGCACCUCUGUCCUCAUGGAUUCCGACUGUGAAGAAGAGCCCACCAGAAAAGUGAACCAGAGUCGCAAGCGACGCCUCAGCAGCUGUCUCCCUGAGGACGAUGACCGACCAGAAGAGCGGGCAGCAUCACUUGAUGCAGCAGACUUCAGUGGCAUUAACGAUGACGAGAUGCUUGCUGCAGUGCUUGAGAUGAGUCGACAAGAGGUUGGGCUCUCGGCUCCGACGUCGCUGGAGGAUGAGCCCACGAGCAGCCCGGACACAGGCUUUGGGGACACAGAUGCUCAUGACCUGGCAUAUCAUACAGAUCUCAUGGAAACCACCAGCAAGCCGCCAGCAGAUGUCCUUGAUUCUCUGGACCUGACCAUGGAUGAGAACAAGGAGAACCAGACUCCAGAAAGUGUCCAACAGCAAGGGGAACUCGACUGGGUCCAGCAGUACAGUCUGGAUCAGGAGAGGGAAGAACAGGAGCUGCAGCAAGCUCUAGCCCAGAGCCUCCAGGAACAUGAGGCCCAAGAGAUGAGAGAGGAUGAUGAUCUGAAGAGGGCCACUGAGCUCAGUCUGCAAGAGUUCAACAACUCUCUCCCUGAGCUGCUGUGCUCAGACGAUGAUUCUGGCAACGAGGACGUGUUGGACAUGGAGUACACCGAAGCUGAGGCUGAGAACCUGAAGAGGAACGCUGAGAGUGGUGACUUGGCCAACUCUUUCAGACUCAUCAGUGUCGUCAGUCACAUUGGGAGCAGCUCCUCCUCUGGUCAUUACAUCAGUGAUGUCUACGACAUGAAGAAGCAGUCGUGGCUGACUUACAAUGACCUGGAAGUGUCACGCACACAAGAAGCCGCCGUGCAGCGAGACCGUGAACGCAGUGGAUACAUCUUCUUCUACAUGCACAAGGAUGUGUUCGAGCAGCUGUCUGAGAUGGAGAGAUCUGGAGCCAGUGCCACCUCAGAGGCAGGAAGGAACGUCCUGCAGCCCCUCUGAGCACUUCGUUUUUGGACAGCCACUGAAAAAUCCCAGCUGAACCCUGUUGGAUGGAGUUCUCCACUGAACAGCCCUGAGUACUACUGAUUGCCGUCCUUCCUUGGGGGGGUCGUCUUCAGACUCUUCUUUUCCUCCUCGGAUUAAUAAAUACUCUGCUAAGCUAUCGCCUGAAGAUUCUAACACAGGUGUUGACCUUUAAGACUCUUAAAGAUACCAGAAAUGCAGUUAAAAUGUUCAGUGGAUCAAAUUCGGCCUCCAUGUUUUUGGGGCUGGAGUUUUUCUUUGCUAUGAUUUUAUGAAACGACUGUUUUGUAAAAGUUUUUUUCGUCUUUGUUGCUUGAUACACUUCUUUAAACUUUAAUGCCCUUCUUUCAGACUUUCACUUCAAGCAACCACCAAGAUACUAAUGGUGCUUCAUGGAUUGUAUGUUCUGCAGACCCUUUAUUUCCCAUAUAAACUAAAUAAAGAUAUAUUCUAUGUUGGAGUAUAAGCUAUUAUAAAGUUAGAGGGUUGCUGUAUUUGGCGGGUACAUGUGGUGCAAUAUUUACGUUCUCAAAUCCGCUUUCUGUCACAGAGUGUGUGUGGGGAUGUUGGCCUCGUUGCUUUCUGUGCUUAUGAACUAACGUGUGUAUGUGUGUGAUGUCCCCAUAUUAUAGAUUUGAAAGACAAAGUAUCUGUAAGCGUAAUAAUAACAAAGCCUGUUUUCACUGAAGCUUUUUCUCAGUAAAGCCCACUUUAUUCUUUUGGGGUUUUGACCUUGUGCCUCUCAAGAAUACUUUUAUAAAUACUGUAUGUAUACAAGCUUUACUUUGAAUGUUGCACAACUUUGUUUUUUGGAAAAUAUUUGUUAAUCCUUCAAUGUGUAAGUCAGAGUUUCCUUUAUAAAGAGCCAAGAUUUUCUAUUUAUUACAACACUGGUUGAUUUAUCUGAAUGAACCCAUCGAGAUAGGAUGCGGCAACUAGACGUCAUAAAUACUAGACCACCUGGGAGUGUAAUGCCUUAUGUCACCCUUCUUAAGGCCAGUAUACAGUACUCUGCUCAACUUCUUCAGCUAGUAUAUCACAUGUGCUUGCUUAUUAAACAAAGCAAACUUGAGUAUUCUAAUAUUCCUGUAUUAGAUCCGAUACUAGAUGCUGGUUGUACUGCUUUCAUUUUUUGUUACCACUAAGAAAAAAUUAAAUCACAUUUCAGUACA